GAGAGGGUACGAGAGAAAAUGGGAGGCAGCAUCACCCACCCAGACUGGGAAGAGGAGGGGGAAGACAGACAGCGUGAUCGUCCCUCCAACAGACAGAGGUGGAAGGAAAGUGGGAAUAAGAGACAGACGAGGGGGAGAAGAGGAGCACAAUGAAGGAGUGCCAUUGUGGACACUGGCAGCACUGCCAUUUCACCAUCUGCUGAAAGAGAGAGAGAGAGGAGAAGAGGAGGCAGCCAAACUGAGGAGAGGAUAGAUGGAGAGGAGCUGCCGGCAGUGACUUUGUGAAUUAAUCGAGCGGAAGACCGGAUCAGAGGAGAAGCACGUUUUUCAGGGAGUGGACGGACGGAGAGCCAGAAAGAGGAAGGAGAGGACGGAUGACCGGACAGUCUUUGGCUGUUUAAAAAUUAAUGAGCUGCUCAUGUGAAUAUGGAGCACAGCUUUAGCUAAAUCACCAUGGAUUAUCAAUGCUAGCUUUUUAAACCAAAAAAAGGAACUAUUAAUGAUUUAUCAUUCAUUCAAAAAGAAGGAACUCUUAGGGAUUCGACUCACUUUCUACUGAACUCUUUGAAUUAGUUUUUGUGUUUUUGUAAAUAUAGACUCUUUGUGACUUUUGAUUUUCUAUUCUUAGGAGAAAAAGAUCUCAGCAGGAUGCUAAACAAUCAUGAUCUUUGUUAGCUGCUGCACAGAGUAUUCAGGUUGUUUUUAUGCAAGUUUUCUACACAUCAUUGUUGUCUUUUAGGAGUUAAGGUUUAGUGUUGUUGUUGUUUGUACUGUUAGAAAAUAUACCAGACUUAGACUUUUACAUGCCCUAGCUGGAGUCAGUGCAUGCAGCCGGCAUGGGAUGUCAACAUUGACUGGGUUUUUAUAGCUGACGUGACGCCGGUCAAACUUUGACCAUUUCCUGAAACCUAUUGAUCGGUGUUGAAGUUGGUUGUUUUUCCUCCUGUUGGAUGAAAAAAAGGUCCAGCGUGGAGCGUUUUGAUGCAGCAAAUAAUUGCUGCCAUGUGAUUUGUCAGAGCAGUUAUCUCUUUGUCUGACAAAAUUUCUGCGGUUGUCGGGACUUCUCUGUGUAUUUUCUCCGCAGGCAUCUCUUUUAAUGUCUGUUGCCAUAGCAACGGGCGGCAGCUGCAGACUAAGCAAGAUGUAAAGUUCUUUUCUCUUUUCUUAUCUGUUUAAACUGGUGCUGUUUGAUUAGAUAACUGUAUAUAAUAAGUUGAUAAGAAGUAGUUUACUUGAUUAGUUGUUUGUGUGUGUGUGCAGUUUUCAGGACUUUCUUUGUCACACAGGGUGUUUUUUUUUCUAUACCAGACAGUCUUUGUCUAAGAGCAGCUCGGUAGUCGCCGAGAAUCAGGGUUGUUUCAGGUCACCUGUCUCCCCCUCCCCAUUGUGCGUGUUGGUCUACUAGUGUCGACUCAGCCUUGUUUGUCCUGAGCUCACCUUUUAUCGGCUACCAUCUCCAUCAGUCAAGAUGAUGUGCCAUUACCAGGAAUGACUGGAUAAAUGAGAUUAUGGUACUAAUUUCACUUGUACAUAUCACUUUGUGCAGCUGCUUUGCCUCCGGGGUCCUAAUUACUGAUCAUUAAGUGUUCUUUGUUUGAGACAGACUCUUCCUUUAGCUGUCUCUGUGUAGGUGACUCGGGAUUUCUCCUCAUGUAGAGGGUCAUCUCCUCUGCAGUCACCUGACCUACACUGUGUUCUGUGCACUUAAACCCCCUUGGGCAGCGCAAGGGUUCAAUCUCAUUGAGCAUUUCAGCACUACUCUGUAUGAAAACACACCUGCAUUUUCUCUUUAGUGUAAAAGUCCAUUUCUGUUGGAUUUCUUGCCUUUUUAAGAGGUUAUUUCCUCUAAAGACAAGGACUUUGUUUUAUUAGGGGAGCAACAGACUGUUUUGUUUGUUCUGCAUGCUCUUUGAUUGUCCAAAUACUGGGUGUCUUUUGUGACUUUCCAGCCAUACUUCUUUACAGCUUUCUGGAGAUCAGCCCAGCCUGUCUGGUUUGGGGGUGAGUGUGACUGGAUCCUUCAUGGUGCUUUUUGGCCAAGACCAGAUGGAUGGCUAGCUAAGAUUGCUAGACAAUCCCUCUGUGGUGCUAGACUGGUGUAGGCGACUGUUCCUUUGCCAUGCGUGCAGCGCCCACUACAAGCUGGCCCUGCUGUACUUCAGACACUGUUGAGUUCUGAAUGUUUGCUUGUGUAAAAUCUAUCCCUUUCAUUUGGCAUCACACAAACUUUGGUGCCAAAUUUACAACCUUGUCUAAGUGGUCUAGGAAGGUGUGUGCAGACUUUGGUCUCGUUGGAGCGAGUAAAGGUCAGCAGAUUGUAAUAGUUGUGCCUCACAGCACUUAGUGUGAAGUGAGUUUAGUUCAGCACUGCAGGUGUAGCUUUGCUUCUCACUGAGGUCAAACUGCUGCAGACAGUUUUGUUCGUGGGACUCUGCGAGAGACUGUUAAUGUCAACAGACUGUUGUUUGCCUUCUAGGUUGGACUAUGCAGAAAAUGAGGUGUUGUGUAGUGUCUGUGUGGUAGCUUGUUGUAAACUGAGAGUUAACCUGCUGCUUGAUAAGCCCUGCCUUAGAUAAGGACAGAAACGGUUCCAACUCUUGGCUCGUUCAUAUCAUAUGGGACUGUGUCAACACUGUUCUCUCAGGUAUCUGACUAUAAUCUGGGCUUGUUAUUAAACCAGUCAGUAAUAAAGUCACAGGGUUAGAGAAAGAACAGAGAGACCAGCAUAACAAGAGUGUGUGCUUUCAAUAAGAGCAUUUCCAGCUGGGUGAGCGAGUUCACGUUCAGCUCUUGACGAGCCUCCAGCACCGUUCAGGGAACCCUGGGUUUGGAGUUCAAACAGGACCAAUCAGGUCUCAUUACCAUCACAACAAACCCACCGGUAGUCGUCAUCAGCCAAUGACCUACAUUCUCCAGAGUUACAUCACCACCAUGCUACUGCAGUGUACAUUACUGUAUCAACCACAGAUUACAUCUCAGAUUGAACCUACCACUUUCUAAUGGUGCUCCAGUUCAAAGAAAAUCUAUCCGAGGUGGUUUCAGUCUUAGGGAACACACUUGAAGCAGGGCUGCCUCACUUCUUUUAGCCAUAUCAGGAACUUAUGUCAGGAACGGGCCCAACUCUGCUGGCCCAAUCUUAACUACUUACUUUUUUUCUCUCUGGUUUCUACUGGUGUCUAAAUUGGUGACCAUGCCUGGCCUCUAGCCAUCCCCUACCUUCAGAGUUAGAGAGGCAGACAGAUAGGGCUUACCAUUUAAUAUAUUGGGGACUGUUAAACAGGACAGCCUGGAGAACGGGAGAGCACUCGAGGGAGGGGGUGAGGGGGAGAGAGAGAUCAUCUGGAAGAGGAGAGAGGAAGUGGUGGCGCGGGAGAGGGCGGAGGCGUUGGAGAGACAGAGGUUGGCCGAGUACAUCGUUUGGAGGAAGAGAGAGGGCUUCCAGGAGAAGCGAGGAGACACAGAGAAGGGAGGCAAGGGCACAGAGAAAGGGAACCAGGCUGUGCCAGAAGUGAUCUGGAAGAGGAGAGAAGACGAGGAAAGAGGAGACGCAGGGAGGGAGAGAGCCAGGGCCAUUCAGAGGGGACAUGAAACCGUGUGGAGGAAGAGAGAGAGAGAGUAAAACAGGAAUCUGGUGAGAGAUUUCAGAAUGCAGUACUCUUGAAAAGUUGGUGUUAAAGACGGCGUGCUGCGUUGGAUUCUAGCCAUACAUGAGUAAGCUUCAUCUCUCUUCUUUAGCAGACGUAGGCUUCACUGAGCUCUGCAGGUACUCACUGUAGUAUCCACCAAUUGGAGCCUUGUAUUGUGUGUGUCGGUGCUGUGUUGGUGUGCACGAUCCCCUCGUUGGCUGCUAAUAGGAUUUUUAUGGGCCCGUGUCAAGAAGGAUAGAGCUGCCAAGGGGAGCUGCUUCACACAUGCACGCAUGCUCACACCAACACACUCACAUGAAGAAAUAAUCUCAGAAGCAUUGUGGGAAGGAAAGGUUUAUACUGCCGCACAUAUAUUAAUACACAUCAUCUACAAGUGCAGUGAGACAUACAUGCAAGAGGGCGUUGAGAGACAAUCACUUGUGUUGAUUUUCCAUGGUGCUGGCGACAGCUGGAUAACUGGACCUCUGUCAGAGGCCGUUAGGUUGGGAUGAGAUACUCACAGAUAUUGUUUUACAUUAUGGCAAAAAAACCAAGAUAAACCCUUACUGGAGAGCUAAAACCAUCAUCAGUCCCUGGGAACACAAUGAACAUUGAAGCAGAUUUAAAAAAAGAACUGAUGACAACAUGAUCUGCACUGGUGCACUAAAAACAAACUUUUAUCAUCUACGUUCAACCAUUAACUGGGACACCCCACUUUUCCGCCGUGCCAUCUCUCAUCCUGCUUUCAUUGUGGGAAAAGUUAUUAAAGCAGUUUGGACUGGCGUGCCUGGGAAGGAGUGGAGGACAGACAGCCAGACAGAUGGAUGUAGCUCUUACGCUGGGAGAGACAGACAGAUGGCUGUGUGUCCUUUUAGAGAAAAACUCUGAGUACUAAGACAAAGAAACUUUGAUUGAAUCACGAGAGCCUGUGUGGACUUGUGCAGAUAAAAUUAAAAAAAACUGACACUGCAGAUUCAUUAUGGAGCUUGUCCCAAAAACCAAGUACACCCACUUUCGAAGUGAAUCGCUGAGCUCAACUGAUGAAACAAACUCCAAUCCUUCUUCAUUCCCUCCCUCCAGUCCUGCCACCCCCCUCACUCCCUCCCCCGGUCUACCUUCCUCUCUCUCCUCCUCGUCUCUCACUCCUAUCUUGCCCCCCUCUUCUCCCCGCCCCGCCGAGAACAGCCCCACCACCCUGUGCUCUUUCUUCCCCAGGAUGGGAUCCCUUCGGCUGGGUGUCUCGGCCACUCUUCUUCCUGGACUGAAGGCCUCUAGCAGGCCGCUGCAGCCUCAGGCACCCAUCGAGUCUUCUGGGGAUGACAGGAGCAGCUCUAGCUCCUCCCCGCCACUGCUCCAUCACCCUCUUCCCAUUCUAACUGCUCCUUCUCCCCCUCCUCGACCUCCCCUGCAGGACAUGAACCGGCUGGGAGGGGCGUCCAGGAGGGCACGGGUGGAAGGAGGGCAGCUUGGAGGAGAUGAGUGGACGCGCCAUGGCUCCUUUGUCAACAAACCCACCCGUGGCUGGCUGCACUCCGACAGCGUGGUCAGCACCACUGGUGUUUCCUACACUGUACGAUACAUGGGGUGCGUGGAGGUGCUACAGUCAAUGCGAGCGCUGGACUUCAACACCAGAACUCAGGUCACCAGGGAGGCUAUCUCUGUGGUGUGUGAGGCAGUGCCCGGAGCCAAAGGAGCCCAACGCAGGAGAAAGCCUUCCUCUCGUAGUCUGACGUCCAUCCUGGGAAAAAGUAACCUGCAGUUUGCUGGUAUGACAAUCAGCCUGACCAUCUCCACCAGCAGCCUCAACCUGCUGGCCUCAGACUGCAAACAGAUAAUCGCCAACCAUCACAUGCAGUCCAUCUCCUUCGCUUCUGGAGGAGACCCAGAUACAGCAGAGUACGUAGCAUAUGUGGCCAAAGACCCUGUCAACCAGCGAGCAUGUCACAUCCUGGAGUGUUCAGAGGGUUUGGCCCAGGAGGUCAUCAGCACCAUUGGCCAGGCUUUUGAACUACGCUUUAAACAGUACCUAAAGAACCCUCCCAAACUGGUCACACCACAUGACAGGAUGGCUCCGUUUGAUGGCUCUGCAUGGGAGGAAGAAGAUGAUGAGGCUGCUCCACCUCCAGACGUCCCUUACUAUAAUAAUUUCCCUGGAAAACAGCCUCCCCCUGGUGGCCUGAUCGACAUGAGGACCCGCCCAGGAGCCACGCUGCCUUAUGGACAGCCAGGUCAGAAUGACAUUCACAAGCAGCCUCUGCCUCCUCUACCAGUCGGUGCCAAAGAAGGAGGACGGGAACUGUUUGAUGACCCUUCAUACGUCAAUGUGGACAAACCCCGCCCCCCUGUUGCAGCUAAUGGAAAUGCUCACAGAGAUGCUUUUGACAUGAAGCCAUUUGAUGAUGCCCUGGGGGUCUCUGGGCACAGUGGCCCCAGCUCAGUGACAGCAGCGCCCCCUCUGGUGCAGCAGCUGCAGUGUGAGACCUGGUUCCAUGGCAGUUUAAGUCGCAGGGAAGCAGAGAGGCUUCUGACCCGCGAUGGAGACUUUCUGGUGAGGGAGUCUGGGACGACGCCUGGGCAGUAUGUCCUCACAGGACAGCAAGGGGGUCAGCCUAAACACCUGCUGCUUGUCGACCCAGAGGGAGUGGUCCGCACUAAAGACCAUCGGUUUGAAAGCGUGAGUCACCUGAUCAGCUACCACAUGGACAACAGACUCCCCAUCGUGUCAGCUGGUAGCGAAGUGUGUCUGCAGCAGCCAGUAGAGCGCAGGGCUUGACAUUACACACACCAACAAAAUACUCCUCCAAAUAUACACACAAUCCUGCAGCCAUUCAACACGAACACGCCUUUAUAUGCUCAAUUACACAUGGCAACACUACACUGUUCACGGACAAGAAUACAAAUGCACACGUCAUUGCAAAAGAAGCCAAAAAAGAAAAAAAAAACUACCAGAUUCUCUGCAAAAUCACUCUCAUGCUGCUGUUGCUAAAUAUUUCUGUCCUUUCUGAAACUGAACUGAAACUGUGACCUGCAGUCCUCCGCUCCAACACCUAUCAGGCUUCACAACGGAGAGGCACUGCUGCAUUUUCUCAACAGCCUACUGUGAACCAGGGAGGAGCCCUUUUGCUCAAUUCAGAACAGGGCAGAAAAAAAUGCAAAUUUUUUUUUUAAAGAAAAAAAUUCCUGCGAAAAAGUAAAAAGAGAACAUUUUACUAAUAUGAGGAAACAUGUACAAAAAAAUAUGGGACUGAAAGUGAAAAAAGGAGUAUAAAUGGGACAUUGAAUGAGAUUUUAGUGCUUUUGAGCAUGUGUUCUUUCAUUCAGGGGAAUGAUUUUUUUCUCUUGAGACUGUUGCUGGAGCAUAUCAGGCAAAAGAAAAAAAAACAGAAGUGGAUCCUUAUUGGAGAGACUGAUCCAGGCUCAAACAUAAACACUCCCUUCAAACCUGACUGUAAUAAUCCUGCCUGAUGAAUAUGCAUUAAAAGAAGAAGUUUGCUUCCAUUUGAACCAGGAGGGCCAUCUUAUCCCCCAACCACUCCCCUUUUAAGGACCUAUGAACCGACCCCUGGAGCGACACCUGCUGAUGAGGAAAGCCUGUAUGCAAACCUGAGGACUGCUAUGCCAAUGAUCAUUUUAUAUGUUCUGCUUUUGUUGUCUGUUAUCUUUGGACUCAUUAUUCAUCGGAUAUUCUGAGUUUGGGAUAAUCUAAGCAGCUGUAUGCCCUUAAUCCCUCUGUGAACACAGAUACACCUUUACAACACACGGUCUGCACCACCUGUCAUGCCAAAGAACACAAACUUGGUCACAAACAGAGAAAGCCAUGACUAUUACUAAGUGAUCUGUUUUGUGUGCUAACAGCAUCGGGAGCAUAUUUAGAGAGAAUGAGUUUUAAAAUGGGACUGUUUUAGGGGGGAAUAUGUCAUCCAAAAGGAGUUUUUAAAGCAGAUAGUGAUGAUUUUGCCUACAAACACUACCUAGUACAUAUUCUAAUAUCUACUUCUUAGUAUGAGUUUGCAUUGACAAUCUAUGGGUUCUAUCUUUACUGAGUUGUCUGAAAGUAAAGGAUUAGUAAUAGAGUGCCCUUUAAAUGGUGGCCACUGAAGAAUGUUGAACAGUCAAAGCAUUGAAGUUACAUCUGGAAAAAACAAUGCAAAUGAUGUCUUAGUAACUGGUUAUGUAAUGUUUGUGUAUGGCUUUAAUUUUUAAUCACGUGGGGGGAUAAUGUCCUUUUUUAAAAAGUAUGAUCAAACAGAAUGGGUCAGGGCUAAUUGAACAUAAGGACAUAAAUGUUUUGCUUAUGAUGAAAUGCUAAGCCAAAUGUUGCUCCUCAGAGUGCUGUUUUCACAAAGUUUUUGAGGAUCUAUGGAGGAGAAGCUCACACUGUAGUUUAUUCUCCUCCCUCAGUUCAUGAUGUUGUUUUUUUAACAUCUUUUUUAAUCGUGCCUUGUUUCUUCAAUGCAGUCACGUCACUUCAAUGCAGUCACCUUAUGUACUUAAUUCAAAUGUAGUAGACUACAGGAGAACCUUACACAAGCCUCUCAGUUACAACAAAGACUCUGCAAAAAUGACACUCCAACAACCACAAACAGAUCCAGUGAUGGCAAUCUUCUCUGAUGCACAUUAUUUGCAGUCAGCUUUUAGUCACAGAUACUUGAUGUCACCAUUGGGAGGGGGUAUUUCUCUACCAUCUGUAAAUAACAUGGACCUCCAACUGGUCAGAUUAGUGUUGGAUCAUUGUUUUCAUAAUUGUGUAUUUAAUGAUAAGCAACACAGAGCCAGACAGUGCAGCACUGAAGUAGCUCUUCUUAAAGGAAAAAAAAGAUCAAGGCCAAACUCUUUAAACAUGAGAAGGGAUCAUUUAAGCUAACUAUCAACUAGUGCUAAGACCCUGAAGUGGGCUCAUAUGUAAUCUAACAUGCACUCACACAUGCUUGAGUGACAGCUGGGUCAUUCAGACAUACACACUUACACUCCUGCCUGUUCAGGUGUUAGUAGGUCAGAGAAAGGAAAACUAGAGCUUUAAGCUCUGCUAUUACUGCAUGUUCCUGUGUGUAAGUGUGUGUGUUCUGAAAGAGACCCACUCACCAUCAUUAGUGACUGGUCCUGAUGUAAUCAUCGCUUAUCACAGAUGCCUUCCGUUGCAUGAAAAUCCUUUCUCUCGUUUGUUGUCGGUGGUGGUGGUGAUGUGUUGUUGAUGCUGUUGUACUUUUAAUUUGUGUUUUUGAAAAGCCAAAGGUUACUUUUGAAUAGCGUGCACAGAUAUUGAUUUUUACUUUGUAUAUGUUUCUGUUUUAAUACUGUUUUUGUUUGUUUUUAGGGAAACAUGUUGGUUUACACCUGUAUCUGAAAAUAUAGAUUGCAUAUAUAAAUACAUAUAUCAUUCA